GCCAGGUACACGUCGUAGUAGGCCGACAGCUGCUUCUUGGAGUCAUAGGAUUUGUAGUCCGUCUUCAACUUGUCCAGUGGUAUGACCUUUGUAAUGUUUUUGACUCCCUUUCUUUCCAGCAAUCCCUUGGCUGUCUUUUUGUCGGUGCGCGAGAAGAGACAGAGCUCGGUUUCCUCGGGAGGAUAAAGGGAGUGGGGGAUGGGAAUUCUGUAAGGUCUGCGGGUCUUGUUUGGAAUCUUCUUGAGCCCAAUAAUGAGGGAGACGAGCGGGUUUUCCUCAAUUAGCCUCUUCUUCCUCUCUAGCCGGGUCGAGUGGAACUUCUGCAGGGCCAGCACCGCCUGCCUCACCUGCAGCCUCGUCCAUCUUCCGGCGUUCACACAGAGAAGACGAAAGGCCUUGGCUUGUAGAGAAGUCACACGUGGGUCGACGCAAGAAAUUUUAAAAAGGGCGUUUCGUUCAAUUGGAUAUGCUAGGCUGCUUCGGCCCUAGAAGAAAAGGAUACUGCGUCAACAUGGGAGCGUCCAACACGAAGGAGGCUUUCCGGACCGCGGUGCUGGACCUCGUCAACAACCAGCAGUCUAUCACUACGCAGGACGACUCUUUCUGGGAGCGCUACUGGGCGGACACCUCUCUCUCUGCCUACGACUACUUUGCUCUCAUUUCCUCCAUCGACAUUCGCAAUCUGAGAGAUACUGCAUCUGGCAACCUCACUGCACUCUGCUUCAAGGUUGUUGAGAGGAUCAGUGCUGCCACGGCAACCGCUUGUAGCGGACCCAACGAACAUGUUAUAGUCCUGAACUGUGUUCGUCUCCUCACUCGCAUUCUCCCAUUCCUGUUCGAAGCCAGGACUGGCGACUUCUGUUCUGGUCUCCUGCCAAUUUCAUCAAGGGAAGCUGGAAUUGGUUGCCUGGCAUCGCCGGGGACGACCAAACAACUAGACCUCAACAGAGCUGAGAUCAUAAAACUCCUCAUCACUUGUUUCUCAGAGUCUCUCUACCUUGACCCUGUUGAAUUGAACCAGCCAAACAGGUGGUUGGCCCACUUCACCUCACCUGAAAACAGACACGUGUUACCUCUUCUUACAUCACUCCUGAAUGUCGUCUGUACCUAUGAUCCUGUCGGUUAUGGCGUCCCUUACUACUAUGCUCUGGUCCAGGACCCCAGAGGAGACCUCGUCGAGGCUGCCGUACAUCUCCUCAUUAUCCUCCUCGACUCCAACCCUCCGUCGCCAAGACAACAGGCCCCGCCCUCCUCACGGUCUCACGCCGUCUCCCAGCAGCAGAGGGGCGGGGCCAUACAGACGCCGAUCCUGAACGAGCCGGGGAUGGCAAACCUGUUUUGCGGGUUUGUAUCUCGUCUUCACCAGAACGACGAUCUGGAGCUGUUGGCUAAGGGGUUUAUGGGCCUUCUCUGCAACCCACUGAAGCAGACCUACCUUCCUCGCUCGGUAAAGAAGAUCUUCUUCACCCAAGAACUCUACAUUCUGGUCUGGAAGAUGUUUGAACUCAACAAGAAGUUCCUGGUUCACGUUCUUCGCAGUCCUCACCUCUUUGACCUCAUCGUCCCCCUCCUUCACCAGCUCCUCGAGACACGCACCAAUCCCGCCCUGGUCGGGAUGCUUCAUCUUGGUAUCUUCAUUCUUCUCCUGCUGAGUGGGGAGAGAAACUUUGGCGUGCGGCUCAACAAGGCCUUCGUCCAGAAACUACAGCUCCCUGACAUUCCACGGUUUACCGGUUCCCAUGCCGACCUGCUCUUCCUGGUAUUUCACAAGAUCAUAACGAGCGGGCUCCCUCGUCUACAGCCACUCUACGACUGCCUUCUCACCAUCAUGGUCAACAUAUCGCCGUAUCUCAAGACGCUCUCCAUGGUAACCUGUGCAAGACUAAUGCACCUUAUGGAGUCAUUCUCGACCCCGUGGUUCCUAUUUGCCAAACCCAACAACCACUACCUCGUCUUCUAUCUCCUCGAAAUAUUCAACAACAUCAUCCAAUACCAGUUUGACGGUAACACGAACCUGAUAUACUCGCUGAUCCGGUCCAAGGUGGUGUUUUACCAGCUGGCAAACCUUCCCGAAGAUUCGUACCUUCUUCUCACUCCCCACGCUCGGAACACCAGCCACCCCGGUAUCACCAGUGCCUCUGACAUAAAUAACGGUGAAUCAGAGAAGCCGCCAGACCAAGGCUCCUCUUCCUCCUCUUCAUCAUCCACCCUGUCAACGGCCCCCCAGACUAACAAAUCUUCCCCCUCUCCGGGGGGCCACGUGGCAGAAAUUGAACCCCCGGGGAAAAUACAGACGGUGGAGGUCGAAGUUGAGGUCUCGUCAGCCGCUGCGGCGGGGGGAGAAGGGGGCGGGGAAGAGGGGGAGGGGCUUCACGGAGCAGAAGGUGCCGGGAAAAUGGAGAAGAUGGAGGAAGAGAGAAAAGGAACUAGUCAGGCUGUGCCACCUCCAGCCAGCAGCACCUCCUCUUCAUCCACUGUCCCCCCAGCUCUCACGAGAGACACACUCCCUCAACACCAGACACUCAAGAAAGCCUCCAAGAAGAGGCUCAGCGGUGGCCCCAAGCCCCCAGUCUCCUUCCUCCCUCCUCCCUCUGCCUCCCCUCUCGAGCAGCAGAAACUCCUCUCUCUCUCGAGGGACGUGGGCGAGAGAAACAGGCAGCUGGUAGAGCCUCUCACACCGGAUUUCAAACCAACGCCUGAAUGGGUUCGUAGCUGGAAGCAGAAGCUCCCUCUCCACACGGUGCUGAGGGUUCUGCAGGUCUUGGUACCUCAGGUGGAGAAACUCUGCACUGAACACAACGUCAAGAGCGAGACGGAGAUCCUGUCUUACCUGAAAAACGGGACACUUGUUGGCCUUCUUCCAGUGCCCCAUCCCAUCCUUAUUAGGAAGUACCAGACCAGUGAGAGUACAGAAAUGUGGCUCCACAGCUACAUUUGGGGAGUUGUCUACGUGAGGAACUACGACCCGCCCAUCUGGUAUGACACGACAAUCAGGUUAUUCCACGUCCACAAACAGGACGGGCUGGAGGGAGACGCGCCGGCCGAACGCUGACUCAAAUUAUAACACUAACCCCUGUCCAUUUUCAAUUUCACCACCAAAAUGAGUCUUACUCAUGAUCAUGAUUGUACAUUAAUUAAUUAAACCCUUUCAUCACUGUCUAGUUUAUACUAACGCACCAUCAACAAGUCCAAGACUUGGCGAAUUAUGAAAAAUGACCACAAAAUGUUUUUUAUUGGAGAAAUGCAAAAAUGGAUAAUUACAAAAGUAAAAAAAAUUUUUAACUCAUGCUCGAUUGGACCUUCUCUCUUAAUUAUAGGUAAACCUGUAUGAUGCAUUUUUGUGGCACUGAGAUGUGGGCACCUAAAAUUUUGUGUGGGCGGUCACAUAAACUUAUAAAAAUUAUGAUGAAACAACGUGGCUGUUAUACAUGCUUGUAAUGUUGCAACAUGUAUGAUGACUGAUGAAAAAAUUUAGCAAAAUAUGACGUAUUACGGAUGAUGAAUGAGCAGCUAUAUUAUGCGUUUUAAAGGAGUUCAGUGCCAAGGCCUUUUAUUUCUUGAUCCGUGCUGAGUGAAGAGUUGGUUGCAUAAAAACAGAGUUUGUAUAUUACAAAUUUGCAGUAAAUGGGAGAAGGAAGCAUUACUGAGAGUUUGCUAUAAGUUGAACCGUCGAGUUUUUACUGGAGACCAUUUACGAUGCCGGGUUGGUGGGUGUGACUGUGGGUGUGGUUUUGGACCUCGCCCGAAUCACUCGUCAUCCCGGAGAUAUGGUUGGAUGUGCCCGCCCCGUUUUCAUCAGAUUUCAAGGUCACCAGACCCUCUGUGGUUACCAUGGCAGCAGUUGCAACGGGACUUCCCCUUUGCAUAUGGACACCCUGGCUUGACAGGGCCAGGACGGCGGUGGUCGGAGGAGCAAAGGGGUUAACGGUGAGCACCGAAGUUGUGGGGUAAGAGGCUGCGACAGCUGGUGGAGAUAUAACGCUCAUCAAACUUCCUCCAAUUGAACCUUCUCCCUUCAGCACCACCUCCAGUUCUUGCCCGUCAGCCAUCCUCUGAACGUCUCUGUCCUUGCGGACCAGGACGUUGGGCAGCUUGCGGAUCUUGGCCACGUCGGAGGGAGACAGCUCCAGCUCCUCACAGCAGGCGGAGACCAGGGCGGGGUAGGUGGGCGGAGCAACCUCCACCUCCACGAAAUCAGACUCUCCGCUUCCACUGACCCUCACCUUCAGCAACAGUGGGGAGGGGUGGGGGAGUGACGGAAGUUGGAGAAGACAUGUGGUCUGAGAGGGAGGGAGGAGAGAGAAAGGGAGAAAAGAGGGAGAGUAGAGGGGGAG